GACGUGCAUUAAAGAUGUCACGAUUGAAGGUUCAAUAUAUGGGAACAGGUUCCACAACAACUGCCCUGCCAGCACGUUGUGUUAACUGGCCUGGAACAAGUUUCCUGUAUUUUUGUAAAGGGUCUAUGGAAAGCUUAUACGGUAUACUAUAGAACUUUAUAUAUUGGGAUUUAAAAGGCGUCUGUCCGUCAGUGAUACACAGCGAGUGGAAGGCGGAGGGUAUAAGGGGAGCAAGCGCCGAAGUCGUUGGCAGGAUCUUGAUUUUCCUUACAGGAGUUGUUUGAUUCAGUUGGUGACGCAAGGCAGAAGCAGAUCACAUCAUUUCCCCGUUAAGAAUACACCGAUGAAUUCGGUGAGUGCCGCCGACACCGCCAUGGCUGUGCACUCUGUUCUUUUCGAGUCCGCGACCGACAUCAUGGACACUUUUGAAAGGAGCGGGCCUCACUUCCCUGAGCGAAACUGGCCGACGGACAGCUAUUGCGUUUUCAAGUGCACGUUAGAGAAGUUGCCUCGCUCCUUCAUCUUUACUGAUAACCAAGAUGGCCACGCCGAGGAGCAGGCCGUGAAUUUCCUGGCAAAAAACAUCAAGAGCCUGAAACCCCAGAAAAUUCGGUUUUAUUUGAAUUGGUCCCCCUGCGCCCGCUGCAGCUCCCUGUUCUUGAACUUCAGCAGAAUGAUAACCGAGAAGAAGCUGUCGAUUGAUUUAGAGAUAGUGUUUAGAGGCUUGUAUGAGAUUUCGCGACCGUCGUGUAAAGGCCUGCCUUGUGAUUGCGCCGUGCGCAAACCGGAGCACGUGCAGAAACUGCACGCGUUGUGGAGGUGCGAGCACGUCACCGUGCGCACGUUCAUCGAGGAAGAUUGGAAAACGCUGGUCCAGUUGCUCCAUAACAAUGCCGCCACCAAGCACGACGACGCUCUUCUCAGGAGGGAUUUUGAACAACUGAUGACGGAGCAAGAGAACAAGAAAAGGGAUGAGAAGAAAAAUAAGAAUUAAAAUGGAGAAAGUGAAAAACAAUACUUUCCUAAUUAAAAGUUUAAUAAGAGUAAAGAUGCCCGUAGAACACAAAAUACUAAGCUUUAUUGUUAAUCCCAUAUACAUGGAUUUUACAGUGAAAAUAACUCAGAAAAAUAGGGGAAAUCCUGGAUGAAAAUUACUCGCAAAUCAAAAUGACUUGCCAACACUUUAGACUGGCUACUUGACUGUCGUCUGCUGCUGCUGCUGCCACUAGCUACUUCCGUGGUGUACAGCUUUAUAAAACUCGUUGGUUGGGCUAGAGCUGCCAUAAUCGACUUUCCGAUACUGAUCCAACAUAUAAAAGCUUUUAAGAAUGACUGGCCCUCAAUAAGUGUAAUCGAGAUGCCUAAACGAUGAUAAAGUAUUGUCACCAAUAGCAAAAUCAUCGUAACACAAUCCACAUUAGACUCAGGGGUUAAUUUAAUGGCCGAUAGAACUAGAUAAGCGGCACGUUCAGAUUAUUUGUGAAACGUUAGUUUGUCGGAUAGGGUUUAACCCCCAAACAGACUUGAAAUAUGUGGUGCUGUUGAUCAAAGGUGUCGUUGCUCGAUGCUCUUGACUUCUACAUCAACAGGUGCGACACGUCACAAAAUACACUGUUGAUAGGAAACGUCACAUUUACCUCAGCGCAAAAGACAAACCAAACGAUGCCCAACUCUUUCAAUGAUGUUUUUCUCAUUCCUUGGGAGGAAAUUAAUGUUAGAUGCAGAUAUAACGAUAUAGUUCUUAAAGUUUACAAAGUUAAUUUGAUUGGUUACUUAGUAAUUUGAGAUGCUUAAGGGCCAUUGCCUUUAAUGAAAUCUUUCAAUUAUGUUCUUCAGCAGCUUGUAUUAUUUUAGUAAAAUUAAGUUUUUGAAAGGCGUUUUACAUCUGUAUUGUAUUGCCCUUGUUCAAAAUGCUUAGUUUUGACGUAAAAUUGUUUAUUCAUUAACUUGUCAAUUUUCUAAAUCUC